AUGGAACCCAAUUCAAUAUGGGACAUAUACAUGUCAGCCAAGAAUAUAUUGCCACUCUAUCCUAGAAUUGAGAACAGAAAUUUGAGAGAAGAGAACUUGAAAUUACAACAGCAGCUUCGUGCUAAGCCAAGUGAUGGAAGUCAGAUACAGGUUAACGGAAAUUCUCUUACUCCGUGUUCGAACUCCCAUGUUUCGUCUUCACCUGUAGUAAUGAAAAAUUAUCAAAGUUUUAGUUGCAAGCAAGAGCUUGAAAAGACUGCAGUGGAAGACAGGUAUUCAUCGGAUAGCAAUAUGAGCACUUCGAAUUUGAUAACACCGCCAAGUGACCUUCAAACUAGCGUUCAACCUGCAGCUUCUUCUCCAACUACGAAUUCAAAUUUUGUCACACCUGUAUCUAUGUCCGAAAGCCCCAAAAGUCUGCAAAAUAAGAAAGCAAGGGAACUAAACGAUAUGCUACAGCUGAAUUUAGAUGACUUGUUGGUCCUUAAGAACGACAAAACACUUUUGUGUGAACAUGAUCCUCAACUAUUUAAGAACUAUAACGGGAAACUUUCUAACAAUUUAAACCAGCUUAAGUCAUCCCCGUCUGUUUCAUCUCAGAAUAUGACCGUAUUUUCACAAAAUUCAGAAGCUUUAGGAAGGAAUCCUUUUGCUUCAAAGUCGCAAUCUUCCAAUAAUGAUUGGGAUAGUUCAAUUUCUUUAGCAUCCAAACCUAAAAAUAUCAGCGUGAUCAGGGAGACACAUGAUAGUCAACAGAGUCAUUCGGAUAGAAUCUCUGUGACUCCUCCAUCGAAGCCUCUCUCCAAGUGUUUCAAUUGUGGCACUACUAAAACCCCUCUUUGGCGGAGAGACUCUCAGGGCAAUACUCUCUGUAAUGCAUGUGGCUUGUUCCAAAAACUUCACGGAACAAUGAGGCCCCUAUCACUAAAGACCGACAUCAUCAAGAAGCGAAAUUCGAAGCGGCAGUCCUUUAGUCAAAUUCAGCAGGGUGGUAUCUUCAACAAGCAGUUUGGCAUGAGUCCUUCGACCACGACAACGCAGCAAAAAUUGCUUUUCCAAGGUAAUUCACAAACUUUGAGCAAUCCCGAGGUACUUGGAUCAUUUCAAACAAACCUUCACCCUAGUAUAGCUGCCAAUCAAAGCGUGCUUAUGUCUCAAAACUUCUCUGAUUCACCGAACUAUAUUCAGAGGCCAAAUAUGGAUACAUCAUACGACAAUCAAAGUUUUCCUCAUUUUGGAUCGCAACCAGGGCAUUUCUAUCAUUUAGGAGGAAACAGACAAGCAGUGCCCCCAGUGAACAACAGUCGGUCAAGAAAUGUUCCAAUUCUUCCCAAACCGUCAAAUCGAUUACCGCAAUCACUUUCAAAUCCAAAUACUCCAUUAGCAACCACUCCUAUCGCACCUCAAUCUCCAACAGGUUAUUCUCCGACAAACUCAGGAUCUGUCCCAAACUCUGUUAGUCAUUCCCAACCUCAAGAUAUACCACGAUUCAAGAGGCUCAAAUCAAGGAGUUGUCUGUCUGCUGUAUCAGAUACAUCCUCUCCUCCUUCAGCACCCAUGCGUUCUAACUUUUCCUCUCGACAAGGGUCCUUCCCCAAGAAUCUUUAUCACGACAUUCAAGCUAAACGAGGGAUUAUUAGUCAGGAAAUGAUUACGGGUGAUGCGUCUGUGCGCAUGAAUUCUGUGGUGGAUGGCGAUAUCAAUUUUGGACGAUCUAAAUUUCACAAAAACGGAUCUUAUGAUCCGUCUCUCGUUGACUCCAAAGAUGAAAGUUGCACGUUCAAAGAUCUUGAUUGGUUGAAGUUUGAUGUUUAA